AUGAAGACCCGAUCCCUCUUCGCUGUCACUACGGCCACCCUCCUCACCCCGGGAGUCCUAGGUCUUGAUAUCCCCUCCAACGUCCGCAGCUUCUACGACCAGGUCCGCAGCAAGGGGUACUGCACCCGCAAGUUGGCCACCGGCUUUCACAAUUCUCAGGAUGACCACGGUGACAUGUCCUACUGCGGUGACCACCUCGUCGACUCGGGCGUGGUGUACAUUCAGGGUCCCGGUAGACUGUCCAACAUGGACGUCGACUGCGACGGUACCAAUGCCGGCUUCCACAACGAUGGUCGCUGCAAUGGCGCCGGCACCACCGUCUCCACCACGGCCGUCAGGGACAUCAUCGAGAGCUACGACGUCGGCAUCACCGACCUGAGCAGCUACAUCCAUCCUUUCGUCGUCUUCGGCAACACGGGUGAUAAGCCCGGGUGGAAGACCUUCGACCCCAGGGAGUUUGGCGUUGAGAAGACGAGUGUCAUGGCUGUCGUUUGUGGUGACCAGAUGUUCUACGGAAUCUGGGGAGACACCAACGGCGACGGCGGUGACAAGGCCCACGUGGGCGAAGCCUCCCUCUCUCUCGCCACCGCCUGCUUCGGCCACGGCAUGAGCGGAAGGGCCGAGGACGACAGCAGCCACGACGAGGAAGACGUCCUGUACAUUGCCUUUACCGGAGAGGAUGCCGUCCCCGGCCCCCGCGGAGCCUACUGGGACGCUGAGGACUUUGAUGCCUUCCACAGGAGCAUCGUCGGUCUCGGCAACAGCCUCAUCAGUCGUCUUGGGAGGACCGACAACAGCAACGGCAACAAGACCGCCUCUGCUGCCUCCACCACCACCACCACCACCACCACUGCCACUACUACCACCACCAUCACCAUGACUACCGCUGCCACUACUACUGGUGCCCAUCACCUGCAUGCGCCUUCGUCUGGAUCCGAGGAACCG